UUUUGCUGAAGGGAGGCGCUGCUCGCGCGAUCGUCGUCAUUCUGAGUUUCUCAUGCGCUCUGACAAGUGAAAGAAGGAAACGUUUUAUUUCGCUGUGACCGGACUGCUUGACCGAAGACGCACAGAUAACGACACCAAUGCAAGAAUGGGUCCAUCUUACAUAACAUCUCCAACGGUUAAUGAUUCACAAGUGUGCCCCUCAAUUGAUGACUUCCGUAACCAAGUCUAUUCAACGGUAUAUUCUAUCAUCACUGUCUUAGGGCUGAUGGGCAAUGGCUUCGCAUUGUACGUGCUCCUUCGUACCUACCGCCAGAAAUCAUCCUUCCACAUCUACAUGCUAAAUUUAGCUGUGUCAGAUCUGCUGUGUGUCAGCACUCUGCCACUACGGGUGCUUUACUACGUCAACAAAGGGCAGUGGAACCUGGGGGACUUUCUCUGCCGUUUAAGUUCCUACGCACUGUACGUCAAUCUCUACUGCAGCAUCUUCUUCAUGAUGGCCAUGAGUUUUACCCGCUUUCUAGCAAUUGUGUUCCCAGUGCAAAAUCUGAGACUAGCCACUGAGAAGAAGGCAUGGAUUGUUUGCGUGUGCAUUUGGGUCUUCAUUUGCACCACCAGUUCACCCUUCCUCCUCUCCGGACAGCAUACUGAUCCAAAGUCUAACAAAACAAAAUGUUUUGAACCACCAGAAACAUCCAAAAGCCUGGAUAAACUGAUCAUGCUGAAUUACUUUUCCCUAGUGGUGGGUUUUAUUAUUCCAUUCCUGGUCAUCUUGCUGUGCUACGCUGGCAUCUUGCGCACUCUACUUAGAAACACCAACAGUGCUAACAAGCAGCGUUACACACGUAACAAGGCCAUUCGGAUGAUUGUUGUGGUGAUGCUUGCUUUCUUGGUUAGUUUCAUGCCUUAUCAUAUACAACGCACGCUGCAUCUCCACUUUAAAAACCGCAAAGAAGCUAACUGUGAGGAGAUUAUUUAUAUGCAGAAGUCUGUGGUUAUCACCCUCUGCCUGGCUGCUGCUAACUCAUGCUUUGACCCAAUGCUCUACUUCUUCUCUGGAGAGAAUUUUCGACAUCGACUAUCCACCUUCCGAAGGGCUUCAGGAUACAUCAUUGGAACUCACAAAGGCCGCCAUGCUGUCCAAAGCUCCCCGCCUGUUGAAGAGAGUGAAUUGCAAAGUUGUAACGGUUCAAACAAACUCAGGUAGAGGCAAUAUAAUUGCUGAUUUUUUGUCAAUAUAGAAGCAGACUUCUUGAGACUAAAUAAAUAUUAUUAUUCAAAGUAGUUUUAAGAAGAAGCAAAAGAAGAGGUUCUUAUGUUCUACAUUUGAAUAUUAAGACUGUAAAAUGGCACUAUGGAUCUUGUGCAUGAUUACAAACAAUAUACAUUUCAAAUAUAUACAGAGUUCUGGCAUGAAACUCUAGACGGUGCAGUCCGAUAUUUCUAACUCAAUCUGACCUAAUGACAUAAUUAUCGCAUGGCACAGCUGAUUGGUUUUCUCCUGUAUCGGAAGCCAAUGAGCUCGCUGCUGAACAUUUGAAUAUAUGACAAGUGCUUGCUGUAGCAGUUCACAGCAUGCUUCAGAAACCCUCCACCUUCCCCAGCUCCACCUGUAAAGAUCUACUAUGAGGUGAUCAUGUAAGCUAUAUGGCGGUUAUUUCAUGUAUGUUAUAUUUGUAGCAGCUGUAUGUCAUACAUUCUCACAGCAGCAUUUUGUGAAUGUAUUGGCAGUAGCAGCAGCACAGCAGAUCUAUUUUGCCAAGACCAAAUACAUCAGCAUUGUCAUGUACAUUACCAUGCCAAUCUGAGAGUUGUCAUGACAGAUAUAUAUAUACCAAAGACUUGUCAUUUGCACUUAAAUAUUGUGGCUCUUUGGUUAGUUUUGAUUGCUUCUAUUGUUAUCAUUUGUAUGUAGCUUAUGAUAAAAGUGUCUGCUAAAUGACUUUACAUUUAGUCAUUUAGCAGACGUUCUUAUCUAAAGCGACUUACAAAUGAGGACAAUGGAAGCAAUCAAAAUCAACAGAAGAGCAAUGAAUAGAGCAAGCUAGUGUAUAUACAUUUAAAAAAUGAAGGGAAUAUAUUUGCAUUUGCAAAGCAUUUCAUAGUACUGAUAACUGAACUCCCUAGUAAAUUGUUUUUGGAUGAAGUAUUUAUUUUUUGUU